AUGCCAUCGCUCGCUAUUCGACAGAGUCAUUCAUUCGCACCCAGCAUCCCGAGUUCGCCGAAGCAAUCGCCAAGCAUCCCAGUCCGAGUGGACAAGUCGAUUGAUUCGAGAGUUUUCAUCGAGCUUUUCGCAGGAACAAUUGGCAUAUUCUUACUUGCAGUCUGGUUUUGGAAGCUUGGCAGCUUUAUCAGGCGUUUCAACCGAAAUAAGGUGCUGAAAGCCGGCAAGUCUACCGAUACUCGUUACGCACGCACAUGGUACGGCUGGGUAUCACGGCCGACUCACGAGAGAAACAAACAGGUUGUUCGGGAUUUCAUCGCACGGAUCUGGGACUGCAUGGCAUGGAAGUCUACCCGAGAUGACUAUAGCUGGGUUUGGUGGGACCCCGGGGACAUCGAAAGGCAAAAGCGCCAGCGACAGAAGCGGGGGCUUUGGUGGCUACCGGAGUGCUUCAAGAGCUACGAGGACUUCCCAACGGCAGAUCAGAUUUGGAAUCCGUGUGCGCAAGCCCGGUGCCAUGGUGGUUGGGAUGAAGGCGCCCUGCCUCCGGUGACCCCAAUAUCAGAGACCGCGCAAGUCUCACAAGCGAGCACAAACGCACAUUCUCUACCGUCAGUGCAGCAGAUUAUGGUGCCUGGUUCUAAACCAAUCAUCACUCGCUCAAUUCUGGAAGAGCUUUACAGGGACCCCCAGGAACCUAGUGACAACAGAUCAGAACACCCGCACUUUCGUUCGUCCAGCGUAGCAAGAUCAGCAGCUCGUCCAUCGUUGACUCACGUCAGGAUACAGUCACUCCCCUUUCGGCAGCGUCAAUCAUUGCAUACUCGUGGGUCCAUCCCUUGGUCACGAGAUGGAGUGACCCAAGAUAUAUUGUGUCAAGUUGAUUCCGUUGUGCAGCAUGCGGAGUACCAGGGUGGGAGAGCGGACCCGAUGCUCCCUUUACAGCCACCAAACACCAAACGACCGGAUCGACAGGGUCAUAGGCAAAGGUACUGCGGGUGGUCAGCACGAAUGCAGUUGGGAUCAAGGUCGGAAAGCUUGCACCACCAAGGAGACUCAUCUGGUCCCCCUGGAACUCCAAUGACCGAGCUGUUGGCCAGCUACCCUUCCGAUGAGAGUUCUUCGGCUGGGCGCCCUCCCAAGCAGAUAGGCAACAACAAGGGAGGAGGCCUGCGAAUUUCCGAGGACCGGAUCUCUUUCACAUCCACGGUGUUUAUUGACAACGAAAUUGUAUUUGCCAAUCAAGGGCGGACUUGUACUAGGACGUUUCAAUGGAAUUCAGCCCCGGCGAGAGUCGGACCACAGGUCCACGGGAAAUCGCCUCCAAGACCGACAUUGGACGAAGAAUGGCUAUCCAUCUGCGGACAAGAGCGCAUUCGUGGCGAAGGCCAUUUCUCAUUACCUCGUUCUAAAGGAAAGGCACCGGAACUGAAAGCAUUGUUAGUGCCCACAGAUCAAAUCCAGAUCAAAACGGGAGACACUGUGAAAGGCUUGAGUGAUUGGGAGGUCAGAUUGCUGGAAAAGUUGGACCGUAAACUAGUGUGGGUGUUCAAUGAGUUUACCCCUGGACAGAAGCCAUAUCAUUUUGCCUUACUUGCAAAUCAUUGGAUCAACAGAGAGACAUGGAUUGUGUACGACCCCAUCUCCAGAGUGCCAACCAAUGCGCGCCGAGAAUGGGGAGAUCCACGGUUCAACGUUCCCUACCCAGAGCCUGUUCUGGCCCCAAGACCAAAAUACCCCGUUUCAAAACGCAGGCGAGCGCAUACACCUCGGAUCGACUCCUGGCGUGCAACGGUCAACGAACACAGAAAGGUGUCUGGCGUUCGGGAGACCAUUCGCACUAUCACGUUGUAUGAGGAAUCAGCAGAGGAACCACCCGAUGGCCAAAUUGACCCAGCUUCUUGGGCUCUGCCCAGGCCUCCUCAAGGCUUCCAAAUGUCUGCUACACAGAAGGACGCCUGGUACGAGGGAGGCGCAGGAUGGCAAGAGAAGCUGAAUGACUGGCAGCAAGUACACCGAGGAUACCGAAUUCAUAAAGCUCUCCACGAAGGCCGAGUUAACCGAGGAAAGGUGAAGCAGGUGGUAUCGCAAAUGAACAGAACUUGUCGACCGGUUGUGGGCAAGUUCAUUUCAAGUCUUGAUGUCAACAGCAUCAGAGGCUCGCCCGCGCUGGUGUCAUAA